GUAUAAGAUCUAAAGAUACAUCAAAUUUUAAGAUUAAUUCUUUUAAAAUAUUUUUUUUGUAUUUAAAAAAAUCCAUAAAUAUAAAAAUAAAAGUGGGCGUAAAUAGAUUUAUCUCAUUAACAGAUGGCCUACAAAAUUAUUAGAUCGCCAUCGUCAAUAACAUGUGUUACAUACAAUUCAAUUUGUUCGCUUUAUUUUUUUGCUUAGGUUUUAUUAUUACAUUUUUACUACAGCAAAGACCAGUUACUGUUGUACACUGGUUAUAAAAUUACAAAGUAUAAAUUAAUUAGUUACAAAGUAUUAAUUAUUCAGUACAAAGUUUUAUCAAACAAACCAAACUGGUUAGUUUUUUAUGUCGACAAAACUUUAAAAGUUAUAAAUUAUACCGUAUUUCAUUUACGAACUAAGAAAAUAUCACUAUAUUGUUCUCUUUGUCUAAAACUGGCUCCGAAACAUGCUAAGCAACUUUAUUCGUCAUAGUAUAGAAUCUGGAACAGCAGCGGCAACCGACCAAUCAUUGCAUGUACGAACUUCACUAUGUUCGUUCAUUUGUCGGUGGAUUUGACGUUUCUAGUUUGUGUCAAAUGUCACUUGUUGAAAACAACACGUUUUGCUAGUUGCCGUACAAAUAACCUAAUAUUCUCACAAAUAAAAUGUCCAUGUUAGCUGGACCUCGCCGAAAACAGAAAGUUAUUAAUUUGCGUGCUAAAAAUAACGCGUGGAGCAAUGACAGCGGGAAAUUUGGGCAGCGUAUGUUGGAAAAAAUGGGAUGGAGUUCUGGGAAGGGGCUCGGUGCCAAAGAAAACGGAAUUGUUGAGCACGUAGUGGCGAGAUAUAAGAACGAUGACAGAGGAUUGGGGUACGAGGAUAAGAAUGACCAGUGGACGAAGCAUGAAGACGAUUUUAACUCAUUACUGGCCAAUUUAUCAAACGAUAAUGGAACUGAAGCAAAACUCCACAGUGGAGUGUCCCUGGAACAUAAAUCAAAGAAAAGCAAAGCACGUGUGCACUAUCAUAAAUUCACACGUGGCAAGGAUUUAACUCAAUAUAGUGAAAAGGAUUUAGCUAAUAUAUUUGGUAAAAAAAGCUUAACAAAUGAUGAUAAACCUCAAGAAAAAGUACAGGAUAAUGUAAAAGAAAGCGAUCAAAAAUUUACUGAGAAAGGCAGUAUGGAGGAGUAUUUUAAGAACAAGUUAGCAAAGUUAAAGACUAAUGUAAAAAAAACCUAUGGUAAUGAAGAUGAUUAUAAAGCUGAUUAUGCUUUUAAAGGAUUUUCAAAUACUGACGAUAACGUUAAAGAAGAACAAGAACAUGAAUUUAAAUCCUUUUCUUUCUAUGGUGUUCAAAACAAUGACAGUAUUAAACCCGAAGAAGAACAGGAAGUCAAAAAGAAAGCAAAAAAGAAGAAAAAUAAGAAAACUGAUGAUGAUGAAAUACUUAAUGUUUGUACUGAAGAGAUAGCGCAAUCCGAAGAACAGUUAUUGUUUGUAGAAAAUGUACCUAAAAAGAAGAAAAAUAAAAAACAAAGGGCUGAAGUUGAUGUUCAACACUUAGAACACAAUGAGCAGGAAAUUGUGAGCCGAAAAAAAAUUAAAAACAAAAAUAUUGUAGUUGAAGUAGGUACUAAUGAUGAAGGAUUGGAAGAUAAUGUGAUAAAUUAUGUGCCUAAGAAAAAGAAAAAGAGAAAAAAUAAAAUUAAUGAAUAGUACAUAUUGUAGUAUUUUAUAAUUUUCAUUUAUUUUUUAGAAAGUGUAACCAGAACGUAAUAACUAUUAAAGCGCCAAGAGUGAAAAUAUAUUAAAAACUAGUAUUCAACUAAAUUGAGUUACGUGGUUACUAAUGAUCGAACAAUUUUAGUCGAUUAAAGUUUACUGGCAACGAUAUUCGGUACCACUCUAAUGCAAUGGUUUCAAUGUCAAACGUCAAAAACAAGAUGGCGGAACGUCGUAGCUUGUACGUUGUGGGCGUGAUUCACAUGGUGGUUCUGAAUUAUUAAACAAAAUUAUGUUUUUGUUGUUCUUAGUUUGAUAUUGUUUAUUUUUUAGUAACAACCAUAAUGGUAGUACAUAAAGGUAACGAUGAACCUAUGGAAAUACCAAUAAAUAAAAUGUCGCAACGUAAGAGGUUUGUUAUUGUAAAUAACCACGUGAAAGAAUUGCAAGGAGAGCAAGAUCACACGAAUAAAGCGAAUGAAAAAGAAAUUUUUAAGGAAUGCUCAUUACAAUUGGAUAAAAUGUCGAAGAAUUCUGAACAAAACUAUCAAGUUAAUAGAUUUCAAAGUAAAGAAGAAAUAAACCAAUCUAGUGAACUCAGUGAAACAGACUUAAAUGAAUUAAAAGAUGUGUACAAAAAGUGUAAGACAGUGCUAAAGAAGAUAGAAAGAAAAUAUGGACAUUUAUUAAACACGGAAACCAGAGAUCGCAAAAGAACUUUAGAAACCGACUCCGAAGACGAGUGUCGAUGUACUAAAAAUAAGAAAAUUGUCUUCGGCGAUGAUGGCACACAAUUACCAAUCGACAUGCCAUUCGAAAAACACAUAUGCCCAACAAAACUCAUACAUUACCCGCAUAGGGAACAGAGAAACAUACAAAUCGAAUACCAAGAAGAAGAAAUUAAGUUAUCUGAUAAUUUAAACGAGUUAGCCCAUGAAUUAAAAGACCCUAACUUGAAAAUCACACAUCGGAAUAAAAUUAUUGAAAAAAUGAAAAAAGUCAAACAGGAACUUUCGAAUGAUAUCAAAUUUAAUAAACGAGCAUUGGUAGAGAACUUGAAAUCUAAUCCUGAAGAUAUUUUUGUUUUUAAGGGUAGCAAUUUGUUCAGUUUACCUGGGUAUAAGUAUUGAUUAUAAUAAAUAAUUGUUUAACUC